AGUAAACAGGACUUGGCCACUGCGGCCACAGGAUGGGAACUCUGUGCCCUGUCCCAGCACUGUGCAGGCCCAGCGCCAGAGGCCAGCAUCGGGCAUCACAUUACACCCAGAUAUUUGCGGAGCAAGCAGAAGUUACAGGAGUAAAGCCAAAGCAUGUGCUGAAUGCCAGGAGUGUGCAAGCCGACCCCUCUAGGAGGCUGUGGGAAGAGAGCCAGAAGGAAGACAUACCAGUGGGGACAGGAGAGAGGCUGCCUCUCCUCAUCAAUACUUCCUCAAAGGGAGCUGACUUCACUCAGGCAGGAGCCUCACUGAGGCAGAGAGUUGAAGUUCUUGGCCCAGGCCAAGUACCCCCACCCACAGAAGCAGAAUCCAGGGCUCCAGAAACAUCCAGUGAGAACACUGGCACUACCCUGGAACUGUCUGUAGCGAUCGACAGAAUCAGCGAGGUCCUCACCAGCCUCAAGAUGUCACAAAGUGUGGGUCAAGGAACCUCGUCCAGCAAGCCUGACUGUUGCCCCUCAGAAGAGGCCCUGUGGCUGAGUUUAGGGCCUAGCCCUCAACCCGUAGAGCCACUGACUCCAGCCAGUGCCGUUCACAGGGGUGAAGCACAUCGCAGGGUCUCUCUCCAUGUGCAAGGGAUGGCUACUCCUGGGGAGCUUUUUGAGACACAGAGGGGCAGUCCCACUGCCUCUGCAGAAGCUCCGGCACUUGUUCACCAUGAUGAGCAGGACCCACGUCCCAAAGGCCCUGGAACUGAAUUGGAAGACCAGAUCCCUAAAGGAACUCAGCCAUUUCUACCCCUGCCAAAGAGGAGCAGCAACAAUGAGGGAGUGAGUGCGGAGGAGACAGGGCCCGAGGCUGAGCCUAUCACAAGGCCAAGCUUAGCCACAAAGGACUGGGGAGAUGAGACUGUGGGGACUACAGACAUGGACCCAGGAAGAGGAAACCCUGAGCCUGGGAGGGACCAUGCAGCCAAGGACUCAGAGAGCACUGAGGCCAGAAGGAGGGUGUCUGCUGCUGCAGAGGCCGCCAUCACGGUUCUAGAUGACAGUGCAGCACCCCCAGCCCCGUUUGAACAUCGGAUAGUCAGUGUCAAGGAUACCCUGAUUUCAGCAGGCUACACAGUGUCCCAACAUGAAGUCUUGGGAGGGGGCCGGUUUGGCCAGGUGCACAGGUGUACAGAGAGGUCUACUGGCCUUGCCCUGGCAGCCAAGAUCAUCAAAGUGAAGAGCGUAAAGGACCGGGAGGAUGUGAAGAAUGAGAUCAAUAUCAUGAACCAGCUCAGCCAUGUAAACCUGAUCCAACUUUAUGAUGCUUUUGAGAGCAAAAACAGCUUCACCCUGAUCAUGGAGUAUGUGGAUGGAGGUGAGCUCUUUGACCGGAUCACAGACGAGAAGUGCCACCUGACUGAACUGGAUGUGGUCUUGUUCACGAGGCAGAUCUGUGAGGGCGUGCACUACCUGCACCAGCAUUACAUCCUGCACCUGGACCUCAAGCCGGAGAACAUUCUGUGUGUCAACCAGACAGGACAUCAAAUUAAGAUCAUUGACUUUGGGCUGGCUAGAAGAUACAAACCUCGGGAGAAGCUAAAGGUGAACUUUGGUACUCCAGAGUUCCUGGCCCCAGAAGUUGUUAACUAUGAAUUCGUCUCAUUCCCAACAGACAUGUGGAGUGUGGGAGUUAUCACCUACAUGCUGCUCAGCGGUCUGUCCCCAUUUCUGGGAGAAACAGAUGCAGAGACCAUGAAUUUUAUUGUGAACUGCAGCUGGGAUUUCGAUGCUGAUACCUUCAAAGGGCUGUCAGAGGAAGCCAAGGACUUUGUUUCCCGGUUGCUCAUCAAAGAGAAGAGCUGCAGGAUGAGUGCCACACAGUGCCUGAAACACGAGUGGUUAAAUCACCUCCCUGCCAAAGCCUCAGGCUCCAACAUUCGUCUCAGGUCCCAACUAUUGCUGCAGAAAUAUAUGGCCCAGAGCAAAUGGAAGAAACAUUUCCACGUGGUGACUGCAGUCAACAGGUUAAAGAAAUUUCCAACCUGUCCCUAAUCUUUGGCUCUGCUGCUCCCCUGGGCCCAGGAAUUCUAGAGGCAACAUGAAGUGGUACUAUGAAGAGAGUAUUUGAGAUUUUUCAUAGUCUGGCACUUUGCUAUUAUUGAUUCUUCUUAUUUUGCAAAGAAUGAUGGAAAGAAGAAAGAGAGAGAAAGAAAAGAAGAAAAAAGAGAAGAAAAGGAAAAGGAAGAAAGCAAGGAAAGAAAAAAGUUUGUUGUUUUUUUUCCUUGUUAAUGAAAAGUGGUUUUUGUUUUCUUAAGCCCUGAGAACGUUUUGCUGUAAUAUUACCAGGCCUGAAAUGCUGCUUCCUCCCCAGUACCCUUACUUCUGGUAAUAACAGUAAGCAUGCUCAGAAUGGACAGGGAAAAUCCUACUUGGCUUUUGGUCAAAUAUGAAUUCUAAACUUGUCAUGAUUUAAAAAACUCAUUAGGGAGAGAGGUAUGGAUCUUGGGGCAGUUAGUUGCAGGAGUGGGGAAUGAAUAUGAUCAAAACAUAUUGUAUAAAAUUCUUAAAGAAUUAAUAAAAUAUAUUUUCGAAAAGGAGUCAGUAGAUCUGGGCUGCUUGCAACUGUGGUCAGAGAAGCUUCAUUUUGCAGUGGGUAAUUAGA